GGACACGUGAGGUUAAUAUCUCAAACUCUGACCUUAACGUUGUUGGUGUCUGUCAAUCUAGCUCUCACCUUGUUUCGGAUUCCAAUUCUUCUUCAUCCUCUCCUCUAAUUCACUGCUUCUUUAUGGCCUUGUCUUUUGGACCCUCCUUCUAGUCCGUUGUUGUAUAUAAUCUUAGUCCUUCUGGGUUUGGGUUCGAUUUUGCGUUGGUUUCCAAAAUGGGGAAGAAUCAAGCUUACAAAGCUAUGCAGAGAGCAAGGCUGGGAUCCAGCUCUGCUGGCCCCGAUGAGGUCGAAGACGGCAUGGUGGAUGGUUCAUUUCAUUCACCAGAGUGGCAUGCUGCUCGUUUGGCUAGCCUCAAAACUUCCCACACAGUUACCUGGGAGGAGUAUAAAAGGAAGCAAAAGGAAGAUGAACUGAGAAAGGGGGAACUGGAAAAAGAUACCGAUAGAAUGAUGAGAGAAUACAGGGCUCAACUGGAUGCCGAGAGGGCUCGCAAGCUUGCCAACGGAAGAAACCACUCUAGUAGCAAGUCUGAUCACAAGAAAGAUAAGAAGGAUAAAGAUUUAAAGAAACGCAGCAGCAGCAGAAAGAGAAAGCAUUCAAGAAGGAGAUCUUCAGAGUCUAGCUCCUCAUCUUCAUCGUCAGAUUCUUCCAGUAGUGAAGAAGACGACAGAAAAUCAAGAAGAUCCAAGUCCAGGUCUAAGAGAACAAAAAAGGAAAAGAAGCACAAGUCAAGAACCAAGCACUCUAGCAGCAGUGACAGUGACAGUGACGAGGCUGAUGGCCCUGUUCCACUUUCGCGAUUCUUUGAAAGUGUCAAGAGCUAGCGCCAUUAUAUGACCUAUUGUUGUGUAUCUUCCUACAAUAGGAGAUUAGUAUGAGUUGCAUUUGUCCCUUUUUUUUUUUCCCUUCUCGCCUGUAAGAAUCCCCUUUAUUUAUCCACAUGAUAUAUUGAGGCCUUUUGGCCAAUGAGAUUUGCUUCCUUUGGUACAGUAGUUUGCUUAAUUCAUCUCCCUCG